CCGAAACGUGCGGUGUCUUCAUGUUUCCCACAUCAUCGCCUGUAAAAAUCACAUCAUAAACCUCCGGCUGUGUGUGUCCGUCUGCGUGAGGAGGCACGGCGUGUAGCAGCGGAGCAUCACGGCGGUUCUCUGCUUGUAGAGAAUGAUCUGGCUGUAGGAGGGAUGCACGAUGCAAAAAGAUUCCAUGAGCUUUGCCAUCCCUGGCCACACAAUGCCCAGGCAGCCUGCCCCCGAAGAGUCCUCCGUCAAGUCCUUCUGCUGCAGUAACUGCUCGCUCGUCUUCCCCUCCAAGAUCUCCCUGUUUCAACACGUGACCUUUGAGCACGGCUCGGUGUCUGACGAGGACGAGGACGACGCCGACAGCAACAGGCUGGAAAGUAUUUAUUUAUGUCACAGCUGUGGUUUUGUAGCUCGUGGCCAGGGGGAGUUAAAGGAACAUGAGAAGCAGUGUGGUAAGAAGCCGGAGAGUCAAGAUCAGACAGGGAAUCCUGUCGUUCCCGGAAGCCACAAGAGUGCAAAAGGAGCAGUCAUGUCUACCUCGAAAUCUUCAACAUGCAUGCUUUACUCGUCAAAAGAUCUGAAAACGUACAAGGGGCCGCUGCAAAUGCAAACUAUCACUAAAUUCUUAACAGCAGCACCUCAACCGCCCUCGGUGAAGCCAGCCGAGAGCCCGGUGUCCCCGAGCGGCACAACUGGAACCCUGCUUCUGGAGCAGUCUCCCUCAGACCUCAGCCCAAACAGCAGUGGUGUGUUUAAGGUCACGGCAAAGUCCACGAUUGACAUGUCGUGCGCCCCUACUAAUCACUGUAUGGUAGAUAAUCACUUUUUAAUAUCCGAGCUGAGCUCUCACAAGCCCAAGGAGCAACCCAAUGACCCAGUUCAUGAAAACAGCAAGAGGAGGAGCAACUGGGGACACCAGGACAGUCAACCGGCUAAAAAAGCUAAGAUGGACGAAGAGGAGACAAAACUCCCAGGGAUCGAGGACGCAAGUAAACAACCGACAGGCAGCACUGACUUUUCUUUUGAAAUUAGCGACGACGAACAUGAAAGGAAGUUAAAGCUCUCCAAAAGAGCCGUGGAAAUCCCAACCACUUAUUUUUGUAAACACUGUGACUACAGUGAUGCUGUCGUCAGGCUCAUGUCCUUCCAUUACCAGAGCGACCACCCUUACAUAAGAUGUAGUGCCACGUACAUUCAGGAUCCCAGUGACCAGAGCGUCACCUUCCGCUGCCUGGAGUGUCCCGUGGAGUUUUUAGCUGAAGCGCACCUCCAGAAACACUACACUGAAAAACACCCAGACGCCCCUAAAGUAUUCAUGAUGCAUUCGUGUGAGCUGGUUUACAAAUGUUUUGUUUGUACGUUCAUCAGUAAUGAAUUGAAAGCCCUGACAGAACAUUACAAAGAGGAGCACCCGACACAUAAAGCGGACGAUUCCUUGUUGUACUGCAAAUAUACAGCGCCCGUGAUCCAAGAGGGAUCGUCAGAGUUGACCACGUGUAGGAAAACGCACAGCCCGGGAACAUCGGGGGGGAUUUCUCCCAAGAACGCAGAUGCACAACCUGAAGAAAUCAAAAAUGCCCCCUCGCCCCUACACACCACCUCAGACCACAGAGGAGAGGAGGUGGUUUUGUAUCAUUGCAGCAGCUGUGUAUUUAGUCAUAAGUCAGCAGUCGGUAUGCAUGUCCACUAUCAGAGAAAACAUCCAGACGAAAUGGUCACAAUCAACAAAAUCAAACAGUCGGCUUCUGUGUCAUCGCAAACAACCUCCCAGGCCUCAGCUGAGAGUUCAUCGAGUGUGACGGAGAACUCUGUGCCUCAAAAGGACGACUCCGGUUCCCCCGAAACGGAAAGAAGCAAAGCUGGGGUGUCGGUGAAGAAGCUUUCAUCGACACUAACGUCUCCGAAGAACAGAACUUCUAAGACUCAAUCCGAGUCUCCCAAAAUAGAGAAAGUGAAACCUGAAGCAGACGUAAAGCAAACAAAGACAACCCCUAGCAAAUGGAACAGGGAGCUGUCAUCUGGAAUCGACGGCUCAUCCCCCGGCUCUCUCGAUAAAAUGUUUUACUGCCAGUUCUGCACCUUUUCAAAUACCAACAUCAGGAGCGUCGUUGCUCAUCACAACAUGAAACACGCUGAGCAAGGACUAACGGGUACUGAGGAGGUCUGGUGGUAUAACAACAAGUUGCAAAAGAAGAAACUGCAAAGUGAAGCCGAGACCUCAACAAGUGCUGCUUCCCCUCACUCCAAAUCCAGUGAAAGAGUCGAGGGGUGGAAGGAAAGAAAACGUCGGAAUGAAGAAGCUACCUCCAAGACGGAAGUGAAUCCCUAUGAGCGUGUAGAAGACUUGUUUUACUGUCAACUGUGCAACCUCGCAAAUGUCAGUUUAAAGGGAAUUAAGAACCAUCAGGGCAAAACCCACAAGCACCUGACUGCCAAGCAAGAACCCAUCCUUAAACACACCGCUCUGAUUCGUGCUGAACUCAAACAGUCGCACACGAAGGACUCCUCCUCGUCUUUUCGUCUACCUCUCCCGCUCAUGAACGAUGGCGACGUGGACUGUUUUUUCUGCCACUUUUGCAACUACAGACAUAAUUCCGUUAACCAAGUAGUGAGACAUUACAUCAGCAGACAUCCUGGGUUUGUGGUUAAGAACCACCAAGUCCUGCAAUACACUGCUACGCUUCUCCAGCAGAUGGAGGAGUCGCACCCGGAAACGUCCGCAAGCCGAGAAGAAGUGACUAAGACUAAAAAAGUAAAAACACUGCCGACCACACAGACCCAGAGGACCCUUAGGUGCUACAGAUGCACAUUCAGCUGUCAGUACGUGAAUGUGCUGAGGACGCACAUGUUGAAGGUUCACAAGACAAAUCGCAGGACAACGGAUAUUCUAAGAGUGUGUUAUAAACAAGGGAUGUUGGAGACGGGUUUUCACUGCGACAGGUGUGUUUUCUCCCACAAGAGUGCAGCAGUGUUGUUUCAGCACAGCCAGGAACAACACCCCAAACGUAAAAUCACUCUCGAGUACGUCUCCACCAGGUUGUACGUCGGCCCCGACUCAUUUGUCCCUCAACGGAAAGGAAAGCAUAAAAAGGCCCACACCGGUGAUGGUGAUGGGAGAACUGGACAAAGUGAGACCAAGAUGUUUUCGUGCCAAGUGUGCUCAUUUAAAGGAAGCUCAAUGUCCAGUAUCACACGCCACUGCUGUGCUGUGCAUCCCUGGUCCGUGAAAGACGAUGGCACCAUCCUCAGCAGCAAGAAGCCAAGUCCCCAGAUUUUGGAAGACCACACAGAAAUUCCAGAAUCCUUCGACAGCUACCAAGCUCCUCUUGGAGACGGCGACUCGCCCGAUUCCUCUAAUGAAGCUGCAGAUUGUUCCAACUGGUUCAAGUGCAAACACUGCACUGCAUGGUUUAGUACCUGGCACGGUCUCAACACUCACAGUGGAAUGAAACACCCAGACGCUAAGAUUGAUGGGACAGCACACGUGCAUGUCUUCAAAUGUCCCCACUGUACUUACAUCAACGCCAGCUAUCAUGGAGUUUUAACCCACUGCCAGAAGAGCCAUCCUGACUCGGAGUCCAGUGCAGACAGUCAUUUCAUGGAUGAAAUGCAUCUACGCAGCUGGACCAACUCUUCGACUAAAAGAGGCCCGGGUGACACUUCAAGAAUCAACGGCUACAUGUGUGAAGCUUGUCCUCAAAUCAGUGCAACUCGGGAGAAGCUGAACAGGCACUGUGAGCGAGAGCAUAUCAAGACCGACCCGAGCCCUGAUCCCAACACCGUGCACAAACCGUCCGCUGUGAGGAAACUACGCCAACCUAACACCUACAGCUCUCUAGGAUCAGUGUCAAAAGCUUCUGUCCUGCAGAAGAAGAAGUACCAGAUGUUGAAGUGCCAGCUCUGCAGUUAUAAGUGCAGCACAAAAAUUGGGCUGGGUCGCCACAUGCAAGUGAACCACAGGCCAUCGUCUUAUUCACAGUUUAAGGAUGGUGUGUUCAAGUGUGCCCUGUGUCCGAAGUCGUACUUCACAAAAAGGCAUCUUGCACGGCAUUAUACUGUUAAACAUGGAAAGCUCUCCCUCGCUAAAUACUUUACACCACUGUACCCGCGGCUCACAACGCUAACGGCCCCCGACACGUCUGAGUCGAGCGCAACAGCAGAAGACGAAAAGAUAUUAGUGUACAAGUGUCCGUCCUGUCCCUAUGUGAACGCUAGCUACCAUGGAACGCUCACCCACUGCCAGAUGAUGCAUCCUGCUAUCGUAGUCAGAGCAGACAGACUUCAAACAGACACAAUCCUCGAGAGCCAAAUGGUCCAAAGUUGGUCGGGUAAAGGUUCAAAGCAUAAAGGGUUCGCGUGUAAGAAAUGUCCACUGAUUUAUGCAUCGUUGACAAAACUGAAAGUCCAUAGUGUGAAGAGCCACACACAGGCCCGACCCACAGCUUCUGAACUUUCAGUUGAAGAGACUGACACUGAGAAGCAGCCUGAUCACGGCUCAGGGGGCUCGACAUCCCAGGUUUCCUCUUUAAAAAUCGAAUCAUCCCCAGUGAAUGUCACAAACACCGACCACGAUCAACAGCCAGGCUCUCCUGACACCCUCCACCUGUCCCUGGAAAACAAGGACAUGCUGUACGAGUGUGACCUGUGUUCCUACGCAGGGAUAUGUAGGAAGUACCUGCACUGUCACUACAAAAACAUGCACAAGAUGGAUACAUCCAGCAUAUCCAAGCAGCUGGAGAAGUACAACAAGCGUAACAAAUACAUGCCCAGAGUUCCAUCUAAAGAACGGGUUCGAUGUAAGAAGUGUCCACAACUAGUGUUUGAAACAUCUCAGCUGCUCAUCGUCCACUACACCAACUUUCACAGCUCCAACUUUCAAAUGGACUUUACAGUGAUAAAGCGAAGAACAAAAAAGAACCCGGGACUCUUCAAGUGUGACCACUGCAGCAAACACAUAGUAGGAACCAGGAAGCUGUGUCACCACCUGGAACGCCAUGGAGCAGGGAUGAAGACAAGGGCAUCAGUGGCCGAGACGACCACACCAGAGACCCCACCCGAUGAAAUCUGCCAACAAGACGAGCCGCCCAUGUUAGAACCCGUGCAGGACCUGACUUAUUGGAAUGUGACGCCAGUGAAGGAAGAGGAAUCGAUGGAGGACAAACGCACCUGCCGGCAGUGUGGACGGUCGUUCAUGUCCCUGAAGGGUUUGCGUUCACAUGAGCGCAGCCACGCAGCGCUGGCGGCCAUCAUGAAACUGGACAAGCUGUCUUCAUCACUACUGAAGCACAACAUAGAUGAAUACGUCCUCUUCAAAGCUGGGACCCUCCGGCCGUUCCUCUGCAACUUCUGCCCCUUCCGCACGACUGUCCUCGGCCUGUGGAGGAGUCAUUUCAUCAGAAAACAUCGAGAUGUGUUCAUGAAUGAAGUGGAGACUGAAAACGAAGAUGAGGAGAACUCUCAGAGAAACAACCCGGAUCCUCCUCAAUCAUCAGAGGAAAACAGCAACUCGCCCGAACCUGACGAAGAAGUUGAAAUAGCUGAAAGAUCAAUGUACCUGGAGCCUCCAGAUGUGCAGCGGCAGCUGAACCACUACAACUUGAUGGCGCAGACUGGACGUGCAGCCAAAGCCGAGGUGCAAGCACCCAAGUUACCAGAGAGCUGUUUGCUCCACUGUGAGCUCUGCAGCUUCAGCACCGGACACCUUUCCAGUGUGCGACGACAUUACUUAAACCGCCACGGGAAGAAGAUCCUCAAGUGUAAGGACUGUGAAUUCUUCACUGCAUUGAGGAAAACCCUUGAGUUGCACAUGGAGCACGGUCACUCUACAUUUCAGUCCGAGCCGACCCACCUGAGGGACCUGCGCUGCCCGCUCUGCCUCUACCAGACCAGGAACAAGAAUAACAUGAUUGAUCACAUCGUCCUACACCGUGAGGAGCGUGUCGUGCCGAUAGAGGUGCGUCGCCCAAAGCUGUCCCGCUACCUCCGGGGCAUCGUCUUCCGCUGUCACAAAUGCACUUUCUCCUGCGGCAGUGCUGAGAACCUGAGUUUGCACAUAACGAAGCACGAUGACGUCAAACCCUACAAGUGUCGACUGUGCUACUUCGACUGCACUCAGCUGAGCGAGCUGGAGGCGCACCUGAGCGAUAAGCAUCAGGUUGAGAGGAACCAUGAGCUUGUGGGUCAGGUCAGCCUUGAUCAGCUAGAGGCACAGGAUGGUAGGAUAGCAGAAGAGGAGGAGGAAGAAGAAGAAGAGAAGGAGGAGCUGUUAUCAAACUCUGAGCCGCACAACAGCACGGGGGAGGAUGUGAAAAUCAGGUUGGUCUCAGGCUUCAAGGACGUUAAACAUGAAACACUAGUUGCGGACCCGGCAGAAGAUAACCUUCCGAAGAAAGUUACACAACAGUUGAAGGAUACGUGUCUGAAGCAUGAGCAGGAGACAAGAGGACAGACGAGUGAGCCAACAGUGGAAAAUAAUGCCAGGAAAGGAAACGCCUCAGAGUCUGAGGAAAGCGACUGUUCAGAGAGAGAGAGGCAGACCAACGAGAACCAAGCCCAACUCCAAGUGAGAGCUAGUGAGGACAACAGCGUAAUGUCCACACGCCAAAGAGAGGAGGCGGUCGAGAGAGACUCUGCAGCAUGUGAUGAGAUGGUGGACAAAAAAGAGUCCAAUUUAAGUUUGAGGACGCUGCAGGACAGAACGUCAGCCAUUGAGUCGAGAGCAGAAGACGAAAUACUGCGUCACAUCCUGGUGAUGGAUGAGGACGGCAGCGUCCACAAGAAGCACAACAAGGCAGAACACGAGAGGAUGGUUAGGAAAGACCAGAGCCUGGAGACCAAGGUUCUAGAUAAUGUUCUGAGUGAGCUGCUGGACGAGGAGCGUACAAUGUCUUCGGCCCAUAAAAUGAAAACUAAAUGUGAUUCAGAGGCCAAGACGAGUCACAUGCAGGGAAACAACCUCAGGAGUCGGGAGGAUUUCAAAUGUGGAAGUCCUUCCCGAACGCCUCUUCCAGUCUGUGACCACCUGAACGAGGAGAGCUCAGGUUUGUCAUUAACACACUGCAAAGAGGAACACGUGAGCCAACAGGAACACGUGAGCCAACAGGAACACGUUGAGGAGCCAUCGGACCCGUACGGAGACAUGCCAGUGCUUGAGAAUGAAUAUCUGAAGGAGACAUCGUACCCGCAAGACGGCUGCAAGGAGGAAGAGGAGGAUGAGCUCGAGCAGCGGCAGGACAAAGGAGAUGAAGCGAUGACUGAAGACGACGAGAGCGGACGCACAGAUCGGGAACAUGAGGAGGGAGACGGGACGGAGGAGGCCAACAGUCCACGUGUGGGCAAAAGUGGGGUCACAGCUUCAGGGGGAGCUUCUGAAGUCCCGCGUCCCUCAGUCACAGGAAAUAAACUUUACACUUGUGAACUCUGUGGACGAAACCUCGUGAGCGGCUCAGACUUGAAGCGUCACAUUAUGAGACAUGGAAUUUAACCGUUUUCAUGACGUUGCGGACAUCAAGACUCAGCAUCCACUGGGUUUUUGAUGUGGGAGGUUCGAUUUUGUUAGUGUCAACUGUCCUGUCCCCUAACGUUACUAUGUAUUUGUAAACAGCUUGUUAACUACUUCAUUUUUCAUGUUUUGUAGAUUUUUUUUAACUUUUUUUAAUGAUCUCAUUUUAU